AUGGCGAGACAAAAUUUACAGGACUGGGAACCGGUUGUGCUACGCAAGAAAGCCCCAAAUGCCGCCGCUAGGAAGGAUGAGAAAGCGGUUAACGCUGCUCGUCGAUCAGGCGCCCAAAUAGAAAUUGUCAAGAAAUCUAAUGCAGGCACAAAUAAUGCUGCUUCUGGAAAUUUUUUGUUGAAUACACAAAAACUUUACGAUGAAACAGAGAUUUUUACUCAUGAUAAAGUUCCUUCAGAACUAAAGAGAGUCAUCAUGCAAGGUCGGAUGGAUAAGAAGCUCACUCAGUCUCAACUCGCGCAGUUGAUAAACGAAAAACCUCAAGUGGUUAAAGAAUAUGAAUCUGGAAAAGCCAUUCCUAAUCAGCAGAUUAUCAUAAAGCUGGAGAGAGCUCUCGGCAUUAAACUGCAAGGAAAAAAGUAG